AUGAAUUAUUUUUUUCUCAUAUCUCUGCUUCAAAUCAUUUUUCAAUUUGUAACAGCAGAGGGACACUGCUAUUCAUGUUCUGGUACAUGUCAUAAUGAACAUUGUAACUGUCAGAUGGGCUCAUGCUCCUCCAAUCAAUGCUUCAUUGAAAAGAAACCAACAGAAGAAAAAGGAGUUUUCAGGAUAACAAAAGGUUGCCUGAGGCGUUCACCUCGUACAUUCCUGGGAUGUGAAUAUGAUAACUUCUCAGAUCAUAUUCUUUGUGUAUGCACGGGAAAUUUUUGUAAUAAUAAUAUUUAUGUUCGACCUAUUAAACAGCGCGAAGUAACAUGUCGAAGGUGUUCUGAUAAAGACCCUGAGUGUAGUGACACCUGCCAGGGACAAUGGUGUCAUGAAGACACAGCUUCCGGAGCUGCUGGCUGUGGUUAUGGUCCACCAGCGUUGCCAUUCUUUCACAAAGGUCCUGAACUGAUUCCAUAUAGAAACAAACUGUGUGUAACAAUGUCCAGAGGGGCUGGAAAGCCGCGAAGACAUUGUAUAUGCGCUUCUAAUAUGUGCAAUGCGUAUAUUAAGCCGACAUAUGGAAUAACAUUGAGUAGAGAUGGAUUGCUAAGAUCAAGAUCUUUAGGUUCUGAUAUCUUGCCCUUAUAUAGUUGUGUGAACUGCGAAAUAAAUUCACAAGAUACAUCAGUGACAUCAUCAUGCAAGCAGAGUAAAUGCAUCGGCCAUUUUUGCACAUAUACGGCUCAAAGACACUACCUCAACUCACCAAAUCGAGGAUCAUCUUUCCAGUCGAUGUCUGAAAAACAAGGCUGUAUCAAUGUUACGGAUUCUUCAAUGGUUCACAAAGGAUGCUCGCGCAAAUGGAUGCAGAACGAAUAUGAAGAAGUGAUGUGUGCUUGUGAAGGAGACAACUGUAAUCGGGAUGAAUUCACUGCCAUCGCUGACAAUAAUUUAAAAUUUCUCACUUUGUUCAUUCCUUUCAUGAUUUUGUACUUUUUCUAA